AUGGAACCCAAAAAUCCCUUUGGGGUCUGUGAUGCAGCUGCAACUUUCCAACCCCUUCUGCAAACGCCACAAAUCCAGUUAUUCCCAAAAUAUUGUAAUAUAUGCUUAGAUUACAUACUUGGCUUCGCGAAAGAAAAAACCAUACGAGUUCCACCGAUUGAUCAUUGUUUUCAUAAGUGCAAUGAUGAUGGUUCGAGUUCAUUAGAUUCAGCCGCCUCACCAUUCCUGACUAAAGUACAAGGUAUGGAACAGUCAUAUGUAGAACGACUUCCUCAGCCACUUUUGAGUCCAUCUAGUUUUCGCUUUCUCAUUCUGCAUGGAAAUUAG